CCAGACUUUUAAUUCUGUUCUCCGUAUUUGCAGCGUUUUCAGGCUUUUACUUUCAGUAUUUGCAGGCCUCAGCUCCAUGGAUCAGAAAGCUGUCUGAUAACAACCCAUAACCGUGUGUGUGUGUUUAUUACCCUACCUCAGUACCCCUCCCCCUCUGCAGAAUAAACAGGUAGACAGUGAACGUGAAAGUCAGAAUCUUCAUUUAAUACACCAUUUCAGGAGUAAAAACACAGGGUUGAUUUAACACACCGAUGUUGGAGUGAAGUAAACGUGUGUCCUGCUGUAAUCUGGAGAAGGAGACAUGACCUCCAACAUGAGUGUGUCUGGAGAACAGGACUUAAAGAAAGACGAGAGAAUGAUGGAGGGAAAGAGAUCAGACUCACCAGAACCCAGCUGUGUGUCCAUGAAGAGUGACCGGUCAAUGGGUCGUCCAUUUAACUUCAGAGACGGAGCCGGUUCUCCUGAUGUGAGACCACAACAGAAGAAAUCAAACCUCAGCAGAAAUCAGUUGGACUCCAUAUUCAAGGAGCUGGAACACAAAGUCAUCACUCUGAUAAAGAAUGAGCUGAAGAGGUUUAGGAAGCUCCUGAGUCCAGAUUACCCAGCGUGCACUGAGAGGGAGGUGCAGGAUGACGAGGAUCUGCACAGUGUCAGAGACGGAGCGCUGAAGAUCACACUGCACGUCCUGAAGAACAUGAACCACACAGAUCUCGCUAACACACUGCACAACAAGUCUGUGGCCCCUGUGUAUCAGGCAAAUUUGAAAUCCAGCCUGAGAGAGAAGUUUAAAAGAAUUAAUGAAGGAAUCUCACAGCAUGGAAGCUCAGCACUUCUGAAUGAGAUCUACACAGAGCUCUACAUCACAGAGGGUUGGAGUGGAGACGUCAAUAAUGAACAUGAGGUGAGACAGAUUGAGACAGCGUCCAGGAGACCAGCAGCACAGGAGACACCCAUCAAAUGUAAUGAUCUCUUUAAAGACGAGUCCAUCAGAAGAGUGCUGACUAAAGGAGUUGCUGGAAUUGGAAAAACAGUCUCUGUGCAGAAGUUAAUUCUGGACUGGGCUGAAGGAAAAGCAAAUCAGGACGUCACCUUCAUGUUUCCACUUCCCUUUAGAGAGCUGAAUCUGAUGAAGCAGAAACAUCUCAGUCUGAUGGAUCUUCUUCAUCACUUUUUCCCUGAAAUGAGAAAACUACAAUUAAUAGACUCCUACAAAGUGGUGUUGAUCUUUGAUGGUCUGGAUGAGUGUAGACUUCCUCUAAAUUUCCAGAAGAAUGAGAGAUUGUGUGAUGUGACAGAGUCAGCCUCAGUGGAUGUGCUGCUGACGAACCUCAUCAAGGGGAAUCUGCUUCCCUCUGCUCUCCUCUGGAUAACCUCUCGACCAGGAGCAGCCAGUCAGAUCCCUCCUGAGUGUGUAGCCCAGGUAACAGAGGUACGAGGGUUCAGUGAUCCUCAGAAAGAGGAGUACUUCAGGAAGAGGAUCAGUGAUCAGAGCCUGGCCGAUAAAAUCAUCUCACACAUGAAGUCUUCAAGAAGCCUCUACAUCAUGUGCCACAUCCCAGUCUUCUGCUGGAUCUCAGCCACUGUUCUAGAGAGAAUGUUGGGUGAAGCAGAGAGAGGAGAGAUCCCCAAGACUCUGACUCAAAUGUUCACACACUUCCUUAUCUUUCAGAUCAAACACAAGGACCAAAAGUACCAUCAGAAAUGUGACCCUGAUCCUCAGCACACCAGAAAGAGUAUCCUGGCACUGGGAAAACUGGCUUUCCAACAGCUGGAGAAAGGAAACCUGAUCUUCUAUGAGGAAGACCUGAGAGAGUGUGGCAUUGAUGUGAGAGAAGUGUCAGUGUACUCAGGAGUGUGUACCCAAAUCUUCAGAGAGGAGUUUGGGCUUCACCUGGGGAAGGUGUUCAGCUUUGUACAUCUGAGUGUUCAGGAGUUUCUGGCUGCUUUAUACACAUUUCUCUCCUUCAUCAGCAGAAAUGUAACAGAACAACCAACCACUGAUGUGUCUAAUCUUCUCAACAAGUCAGACAUGUCUGAUCUCCUCAUGAGUGCAGUGGACAAGGCCUUACAGAGUGAGAAUGAACACCUGGACCUGUUCCUCCGCUUCCUUCUGGGUCUCUCACUGGAGUCCAAUCAGACUCUCUUACGAGGCUUAAUGCCCCAGACAGGAAGCAGCUCUCACAGCACACAGGAAACAGUCGAGUACAUCAAGGAGAAGAUCAGGGAGAAUCCAUCUCCAGAGAAAUCCAUCAAUCUGUUCCACUGUCUGAAUGAACUGAAUGAUCAUUCUCUAGUGCAGGAAGUACAGACUUACCUGAACAGAGAAGAUUACAGACGUCUCAGGGGAACCAGACUCUCUCCUGCUCAGUGGUCAGCUCUGGUGUUUGUGUUACUGAACUCAGAUCAGGAGCUGGAUGAGUUCGAUUUGAGGAAAUAUGACCGAUCAGAGGAAUGUCUUCUGAAGCUGCUGCCAGUGGUCAAAGCCUCCAGAAGAGCUGAGUGAGUAUUUUUAUUUAUAAAUGUAUCACUGCAUGGUUUAUUAUUUUAAUGUAACACUGAACUGCACUGUUUGGAUUAAUGCUGGUUAAUAAUUACUCUAAUCAUCUUUAAACAAACCUCUGGUACUGUUACAGAAGAGUUUCACUUUUUACACCAACACGUUACGUCUGCACUGAGGGCGGGACCAUGUGGAC